AUGGUAAAUGCAAGUGAAUGGUUAAAUCAAAAAAUUCCAAAGGACCAAAGAGCACAAGCAACUCAACUUCGUAUCUACAGACAAUGCCAAAGCGGUCAUACUAAAUAUUACAAUGGUUGUAAUUAUUGCAAUAAUAGAAACCAAAAUCCUCAUUCAGGCCCCCCAAGCUAUCAAUUCUACAAUACUAUUUUGGAAGGAGAUUUAGAUCUUGGUGACUUUGUUAAUUUGCAGCAACUAUAUAUCUACGGUGUUGGACAAGGUCGGAACCAGCAACAAAUUUUAAACUUAAAUAUCGAUAAAUGUAAUAGUUUAACUCGACUAGAAAUUCAUAAUACUCAGUCAGUUAAUAUUAUUCGAAAUACUCAAGGCCUUAGUGAUUUAAAAUUAGCGAUUGAAGAGACGAAUUUAGAGUAUCAAAUAGCUGUUACUAAAAGUAAAUUGAAUGAAGAUCAUCAAUUGUGGUUGGAUCUUUUAUUAGAUACUCAACAAGAAGCUUUACAAAAUGACAGCACAUUUUCCCGAAAACAACUAGAGAAAGUUAAAAAUAAAUUGUCUAAUGUGCUUACUACUGAGGAAAUUCAAGGGUUAUUACGUAAAAAGUUGGAAAUUAAUGAAUUGGAAUAG